AACACAGGAGUUUACUGUAACCAAAAUGGAGGAGGAUCUGACCUGUCCUGUGUGCUGUGACAUCUUCAAGAAUCCCGUCAUUUUGACCUGCGCUCACAGCAUCUGUAAAGCCUGUCUGCAGCAGUUCUGGGAGAGCAAAGGACACAGAGAAUGUCCCUACUGCAGGAGGAUGUGCUCUAAAGGAAGAUAUCCCCCUAACAUGGCGUUAAGGAAUCUGUGUGAGACCUUCUUAAAGGAACAAAGUCAGAGAGCUUCAGCAGGGUCUGAGGUGCUCUGCAAUCAGCACAGUGAGAAACUCAAGCUCUUCUGUCUGGAGGAUGAACAGCCUGUGUGUGUGGUGUGUCGAGACUCAAGAAAACACACCAACCACAAGUUCCACCCUGUUGAUGAAGCAGCCCUGGACCGCAAGGAGGAGCUCAAGAUCAAAUUGCAGCCCUUACAGAAGAAACUGAAGACCUUUGAGAAGACUAAAGUCACCUGUGAUCAAAUAGCUGAGCACAUCAAUACUCAGGCCCAGCACACAGAGAAGCAGAUCAAGGAGGAGUUUGAGAAGCUUCACCAGUUUCUACGAGAUGAAGAGGCAGCCAGGAUAGCUGCACUGAAGAAGGAAGAGAAGCAGAAGAGUCAGAUGAUGAAGAAAAAGAUUGAGAAGAUGAGCAGAGAGAUCUCAUCUCUUUCAGACACAAUCCGAGCCAUAGAAGAGAAGAUGGGAGCUGAUGACAUCACAUUCCUGCAGUCUCUCUCUCUUCUCUGUGGUUCUGAACCCAAACCCACAGCAGCACUGACUCCUGAAUGUUAUUCCAGAGCCCAGUGCACACUGCAGGAUCCAGAGAGGGUUUCAGGAGCUCUGAUCGAUGUGGCAAAGCACCUGGGCAACCUGAAGUUCAGAGUCUGGGAGAAGAUGCAGGAGACUGUUCAGUACACUCCUGUGACUCUGGAUCCCAACACUGCACACCCACAACUCAUCAUCCUGUCUGAGGAUCUGACCAGUGUGAGAAAUGGUGAUGAGGAGCAGCAGCUUCCUGAUAACCCAGAGAGAUUUGAUUACUAUGGCAGUGUCCUGGGCUCUGAGGGCUUUAACUCAGGGACUCACUGCUGGGAUGUGGAGGUUGGAGAGAACACAUGGUGGAGUGUGGGUGUGAUGGCAGAGUCUCUCCAGAGGAAGGGAGACUUUGUCAACAACUCCAACAUGAGUGGAUGGUGGUAUGUGUAUUAUAAUGAUGGUGAAUAUUAUGCAUGUGCUCCAUCACAACCCCCCACUCUCCUCACAGUGCAGCAGAAACUGCAGAGGAUCAGAGUGCAGCUGGACUGGGACAGAGGAGAGCUGUCAUUCUCUGAACCUGAUAAUAACACACACCUACACACUCACACACACACUUUCGCUGAGAGAGUGUUUCCAUACUUUAAUGUUGGUAGGGAGUCUCCUAUAAGGAUCCUCCCAGUGAAGGCUUCAGUAAGAGUAGAGCAGCACAGCUGGAGUUUUCAAGUUCGUGAAAGUGAAAGUAAAGUUCAUCAACAGAGAGGGAGAGGGAAACAUGUGCAUGGUGUAACCGUAUCACUAGUGUUGGAAAUGGCGUCAAAGGUAGAAGAGGAGAUAUCAUGUCCUGUGUGCUACCAGAUCUACCAAGAUCCCGUCAUCCUGUCCUGUAGCCACAGCUUCUGUAGAGAAUGUGUGCAGCAGUUCUGGGACACCAAAGGAUCCAGAGAAUGCCCCGUCUGCAGGAGGAAAUCGUCAGCUGACCCUCCCCGCCCAAAUUUGGCUUUAAGGAACCUGUGUGAGACUUUAUCUGUCACUGUCUUACAAGAGAGAGAUCAGACACUUGUACUCUGCAAAAAACACAAUAGAAAACUGGAGCUCUUCUGUCAGGAUGAUCAGCAGCUUUUGUGCCUGGUGUGUCGAGACUCAAAACUACACAAAACUCACAACUUCAGUCCUGCUGAAGAAGCAGGCUCUGAGAUGAAGGAGGAGCUCAAGGCCAAACUGCAGCCUCUACAGGAGAAACUGAAGGAGUUUGAGAAAGCUAAAGUUACCUGUGAUAAAACAGCUAAACACAUUAAGACUCAAACACAGAACACAGAGAAGCAGAUCAAGGAGGAGUUUGAGAAACUUCACCAGUUUCUAAGAGAUGAAGAGGCAGCCAGGAUAGCUGCACUGAAGGAGGAAGAGGAGCAGAAGAGUCAGAUGAUGAAGGAGAAGAUUGAGAAGAUGAGUAGAGAGAUCUCAUCUCUUUCAGACAUAAUCAGAGCCAUAGAGGAGAAGAUGGGAGCUGAUGACAUCACUUUCCUGCAGAACUACAAGAGCACAGUGGAAAGAGCCCAGUGCACACUGCUGGAUCCAGAGAGGGUUUCAGGAGCUCUGAUCAAUGUGGCAAAGCACCUGGGCAACCUGAAGUUCAGAGUCUGGAAGAAGAUGCAGGAGACUAUUCAGUACACUCCUGUGACUCUGGAUCCCAACACUGCCAAAUCCAGUCUCAUCCUGUCUGAAGAUCUGACUAGUAUGAGACGUGGUGAUGAGGAGAAGCAGCUUCCUGAUAACCCAGAGAGAUUUGAUCACUAUGGGAGUGUCCUGGGCUCUGAGGGCUUUAACUCGGGGACUCACUGCUGGGAUGUGGAGGUUGGAGAGAACACACUGUGGAAUGUGGGUGUGAAGGCAGAGUCAGCCCAGAGGAAGGGGAUAUAUGGCUAUGGAGUGAGUGGAGAGUGCCGUAUGUAUUAUAAACAUGGUAAAUAUGGAGCACGUGCCGCGCCACAGCCCUCCACUCGCCUCACAGUGCAGCAGAAACUCCAGAGGAUCAGAGUGCAGCUGGACUGGGACAGAGGAAAGCUCUCAUUCUCUGACCCUGAUAAUAACACACACAUACACACUCUCACACACACUUUCACUGAGAGAGUGUUUCCAUACUUUAAUGGCUGUAAGGUGUCUCCUCUGAGGAUCCUCCCAGUGAAGGCCUCAGUAAGAGUAGAGCAGCCCAGUUAGAGCUGAUUCUGCCUCUUCACCAGAACUGACUCACAGAGAGGGAAGCUGGAGAAAACUGUAUGAUAAAAACAAGGCCAAGUGAACACUGCACUAAUGCCACCUCAUAUGAUAAUGUAAAGCUGAACUGCUGUGUUUUAAACGAGUGAAGACUUAAAUAAACCACUACAUGUG